AUGGGCACCAGGGCAGAGGUCGUGCCCCCUCUUGUGUGGGGGCUGCUGGGCUGCUAUUUCCUCUGUGGCUGGGCUCUGCGGGGUCCACGGCCCUUCCGCUCUCUGCCCCCGCUGUCCUCUCAAGUCAAGCCAGGGUCUGUACCCAUGUGGGUGCCCCCAGAGGGUGCUGAAGCAGCCCUGGCUUUUCUCUACUCUGGAGAUGCCCAACAGCUAUUGGAGGCUAAUUGCAGUGAGCACUAUGAAGCUCAGGGGGCAGGAGCCAGACCAGGGCUCCCCCCAAUCCUACGGAGGGCAGCGGGCACCCUCACCCAGGCCGCCAAUUUCCUCAACAUGUUGCUACAAGCCAACGACAUCCGUGAGUCCAGUGUGGAGGAGGAUGUGGAGUGGUACCAGGCGCUGGUCCGAAGCGUGGCUGAGGGGGACCCACGGGCACACCGGGCUUUGCUGACCUUUAACCCUCCACCAGGAGCCAGCCACCUGCAGCUGGCCCUACAGGCUACCCGGAUGGGGAAGGAGACCAUCCUUCAGGACUUGUCUGGGAAUAGGGUGCAGGAUGACAGCCCAGCUGGGACCCUUGACACCCCUGCACUGAAGAAAAGGGUGCUGACCAAUGACCUAGGAAGCCUUGGAAGCCCCAAGUGGCCACGGGGGGAUGGAUAUGUGGGGGACAUGCAGCAUGUGAGACUGUCUUCUCCCUUCCUGGAAUGCCAGGAGGGACGGCUCCGUCCUGGCUGGCUUAUCACACUCUCGGCCACUUUCUAUGGACUCAAGCCAGACCUCAGCCCAGAGGUCAGGGGGCAGGUGCGGAUGGAUGUAGAUCUUCAGAGCGUGGACAUCAAUCAGUGUGCCAGUGGCCCAGGCUGGUACUCUAACACGCACCUGUGUGAUCUCAACAGCACCCAGUGCGUCCCUCUGGAGAGUCAGGGCUUUGUCCUUGGCCGCUACCUCUGUCACUGCCGACCUGGCUUCUACGGGGAAAGCCGCUCUGGAUGGUUGGAGGAGAGUGCUGCCCAGCCUACCAGGCAAUUUGGAUCCCCACAAGGGAGCUCUGGGAGACUUCUGCGGUGCCAACCAUGUGCUGAGGGCUGUACCAGCUGCAUGGAUGCCACACCCUGCCUGGUAGAGGAGGCCCCAGCACUGCGGGCAGCAGUGAUGGCCUGCCAGGCCUGCUGCAUGUUGGCCGUCUUCCUGAGCAUGCUGGUCUCCUACCGCUGCCGCCAGAGCAAGAGGAUCCGGGCGUCUGGAGUUGUUCUGCUAGAAACCAUCCUUUUUGGAUCCCUUCUGCUCUACUUCCCUGUCUUCAUCCUGUACUUCAAGCCCAGCAUAUUCCGCUGCAUCGCUCUCCGCUGGGUCCGGCUGAUGGGUUUUGCUAUUGUCUAUGGCACCAUUAUACUCAAGCUUUAUAGAGUGCUCCAGCUGUUUCUGUCUCGAACGGCGCAGCGGGGCCCCCACCUGAGCAGUGGGCGGCUGCUGCGGCGUCUGGGGAUGCUCCUGCUGGUAGUGCUGGGCUUCCUGGCUGUGUGGACGGUGGGGGUCCUGGAGCGAGGCAUCCUACACACGCCCCUGGUGAUCCGAGGCCACACUCCCACGGGCCGCCACUUCUACCUCUGCCACCAUGACCGCUGGGACUAUAUCAUGGUUGUGGCGGAGAUGCUGCUCCUGUUCUGGGGCAGCUUCCUCUGCUACGCCACCCGAGCUGUGCCCUCGGCUUUCCACGAGCCGCGCUACAUGGGCAUCGCCCUGCACAAUGAGCUGCUGCUCUCCGCUGCCUUCCACGCAGCCAGGUUUUUGCUGGUUCCUUCUCUGCACCCAGACUGGACCCUCCUCCUCUUCUUCUUCCACACUCACAGCACAGUCAGCACCACCCUGGCUCUGAUCUUCAUCCCUAAGUUCUGGAAGCCGGGGGCUCCUCCUCGAGAGGAGAUGGUAGAUGAAGUGUACGAGGACGAGCUGGACCUGCAGCGCUCAGGCUCCUACUUCGACAGCAGCAUCGCUUCAGCCUGGAGCGAGCGCAGCCUGGACACUGGAGACAUUCGGGAUGAAUUAAAGAAGCUCUACGCCCAGCUAGAGGUCCACAAGACCAAGGAAAUGGCUGCUAACAACCCCCACCUGCCUAAGAAGCGGAGCGGCUUGCGCCAGGGCUUGGGCCGCUCCUUCAUGAGGUACCUGGCUGAGUUCCCUGAGGCCCUGGCCCGGCAGCACUCCCGGGACUCCAGUUCCCAGGGCCGCAGCAGCCUGCCCGGCUCCUCUCGCCGCCGGCUCCUCAGCUUCAGCCUCCAGGAACCGGAGGGGCCACCGGCCCUGCGCAAGUCCCGUAGCACCUAUGACCGCGACCACCACAGGGAGCAAGAGCCGCCUCUCCAUGACUCACUGCUGAAGAGGAAACUGGCCAAGAAGGCCCCGCGGGGAGAGAGCCGUGAGUCAUUAGAGGGGCCCCCUGCCCUGGGCUUCAGGUCAGCCAGCGCCCACAACCUGACGGUGGGAGAGAGGCUCCCCAGAGCCCGGAGCACUUCCCUGCAGAAGUCGCUCAGCGUCAUGGCCGGCUCCAGGGAAAAGGCUCUGCUUGUGGCCAGCCAGGCCUACCUGGAGGAGACCUAUAGGCAGGCAAAGGAGCGAGAGGAGAGGAAGAAAGCAGAGGCAGCCCUAGCAAGCCCAGUUCGGAGGCUAUCGUCCCGGAGGCUUGAGCGAGGUCGGGGGGCCCCUCUGUCAGCCCCGCCUUCCCCUGCCAAAAGCAGCAGCGUGGACAGCUCUGGGAAGCUUCAGGCGGAGGCUGUGAGAAAGCUGCCUCACCCUCCCAUCCAGCACCAGAUCUCCACACCCAUCAUGACCCUGUCUGCGGCCUGCCUAGGAGAGCCAAGGAUGCUGUCUCCUACCUCCACCUUGACUCCAGCUCUCAUACCAGCUCCACCCCUGGCCCCAGCUCCUACCCUAGCACCAAUCCCAAUACACCCCCAAAACCCUAGCUUACUCACCUUUAUCUGCCCAUGGGAGAAUGCAGAACUGCCAGUCAAGAAAGAAAAUGUGGUUCAAGAAGGCCCUUCAGGGCCAGAGCAAGGCAACCAUUCCCCUGCCCCAGCUCGGGCUAGGCUUUGGAGGGCCCUCUCUGUUGCAGUAGAGAAAAAGGGUGCUGGAGAGAAUGAGAUGAACGCAGAGGACAAGUGUCUCCAGGGGGAAGCUGAUAAUGUGGAUGAGGACAAGCCCAAGGCCUUCUCUAAAUCUCAUAGCCUCAAGACCCCUGUUCAGCAGAGUUCUGUGCGUAGCCUGGGACUGGCUAUCAAAGCUUUGACCCGUUCUCGGAGCACACACAGAGAGAAGGAGAGCGGGGAAGAAAGUUCUGAGAAGGAGAAGGGCAGAGUUUCAGGAGAGGGUGUGGGGGCAUGCCCCAGAUCCCCCAGGGUAGGUGGGCGCAAGGUGAUGAGUAAGCAGGCUGCCCUUGCCCCCUGCGAAGAUGAGGAGUCCCUCCAGAACCAACAGAAUGCUCACACCAGCAGGAUGCUCCAGGUGGGCAAUAGGGAACAAGAAGACAGAGGCAGGAGGACAUCCCAAGGUCAAGGGAAUGGGAAAAUUGAGAGAGCAAGUAAAACAGGGCCUAUCACACUGAGGCAAGUCAGGCAAGGCACAGUUGGGGACAAAAAUGCUGACCGAGCAAAAGAAGCCCCUGUAAGGAGGCAGGAAUUGCUCAAAGCUGGCCUCCAGCCCCUGGGCAGUGUUGACUGCAAGGUGGCAGAGGUAUGCCCCUGGGAAGUCGCCGAGUCAGAAACGUGUCAGCCUGACAGUAGCAACAAGGCUGAAAUCUGUCCCUGGGAGGUGAGUGAAGGAGCCACUGAGAGGGGGGCAUUAGGACAAGAUAUAGAUGGCUCCCAAGAAGAGAGGGGGAAAGCCCCGGAAGAAUCAGAGCCCAAAGAUGUGGUUGCCAUUACUCAGAAAAAGUCAGAGAGGCUGCUCAGAGGGCAGGAGGCAGUGUGUCCCUGGGAGAAUGCUGAUUCUGGGAGUCUGUCCCCUCAGUCAGCCCAUCAGGACUCUGACAGAACCAAGAGCAAGUCUGAGGCAGGGAGCAGUGUGGAGGCCAGGGAGGUGAAGUGUCAGCGAGAAGUCACAGGCCCAGAAGCUUGUACACCUGCCAUGGCCAAGGCAGAGCUGUGUCCCUGGGAGGCAAGUGAAGGAGAGAAUGAGAAACUGUCCCAGGAACGGGUAAAGAAGCUCCCCCAGGAGAAGCAGAAAAUCCCCAAGAAAGCAACUUUCUGGAAAGAACAAAAACUGGGAGGAGACUUGGAGUCUCUUUGUUCAUGGGAGAGCACUGAUUUCCGUGGCCCCUUGGCAAUCUCUACUGAGGCCCCAGGAAGCCCCGAGUGCUCGGGGAGUUUGAGCAGGAGCCUCGCGGAGGUGUGUCCGUGGGAGGCAGGAGAGGCUCCUGCUAUCCAGAAAGCAGAGAUCUGCCCCUGGGAGCUGGGUGAUGAGGUAGUGGGAAAGGAAAUACUGUGUCAGGAGACAGGUGGAGAACCUCUCCAGGAAGAAGGGCAAGCUUCCAGAAAAGCGAUGGGGGAACAGACUGAGAAAGCAGGGCAAACACCCAGUCUACGGCAGGAACCAGUGUGUCCCUGGGAGAGCACAGCCUCUGGGCACCCUAGCCCAUGUGUAGACGAUUCCUCAUCCAGACCUAGUGGCCAGCUCCUCAGCGACGGAGGGAGCAGAGCCACUCAAGUGUGUCCACGGGAAGACAUAAGGCCAGAAGUAAAGGCAGAAAUCUGUCCCUGGGAGAUAAAUGAAAGAACAACAGAGGACCAGACAUCAGAACAGGCACACCAAGGAGGAGACUCUCAAAAGGAUGAAGAGAAAAUGCCUGAAACAUCAGGAAUAAAAGGCGUCACAUCUUGGGAAAAACCUGAGGGACAGAUCCAAAAGCAGGAAGCAAUCUGUCCUUGGGAGAGUGUGGACCCUGGCAGCUUCCCCCUACAACCAGGUCCUCAAGACACGGACAGACCCAAAGCCAGUUUCCAGGUGUCAGGCAGUGUGGGUAGCAUAACUGCCGCAAUCUGUCCAUGGGACAUGGAGGACACCCUGCCUGCUGCAAAGGCAGAGAUUUGUCCCUGGGAGGUGAGUCCUGGCACAGGGGAAGAACGGGAUUUGGGAGUUGAGGCCAUUAGGAAAUUGCCAGUUGUUACAGGAAAGGCUUCUGCAGAUUCUGGACCUGGUGAGAUAGCUGUUACUGCUCCAAAGAAUUUGGAGAGGCCAGCCCGGGAGUGGGAGGUGGCCUGUCCCUGGGAGGGUAUGGAUCCAGGAGCCUCCUCUCAGCCUCCUGACACUGUGGACACUGACAGGCCAAAAGCUGGAUUACAGGAAAUAGACCAUGUGGGGUGCAGGCCAGCUGAAGUGUGUCCCUGGGAAAUGGAGAAAUCGUCUACCAGUGAAAAAGCCAAGAUCUGUCCCUGGAAGGUGAAUGAAGGACCUACUGGGAAGGGAAUGGAACAAGAGAUGGGGGAUGAUUCAGCAGGGCAGAAGGAGAAAACUCUAGAAAAGGGGAGACUCACCAACCUGGAAAAAGACAUAUCAAAAGGGGAGACAAAGCUGAGUCAAGAGCAAGAAGCUAUUUGUCCUUGGGAGAAGGACUUGAGGGAACCCGAUGCUCAGGCCCCUGAGGUCUCAGACUUGUCCAGCAGCAUAAGAAGCAAAGCAGCAGAGAGGCAUUCUUCGGAGGUCAGUGAUGAGGCAGCAGAGAAAGGGGACCUGACACGAGACCCCCAAACCGGCUCUGUCCAAGAACACAUAACCCAGGAAAAAGCUCCAUCUUCUAAGGCAGAAGUCACUACUGAAGAUGGGGGAAAAGCAAGCAAUCAGCUACAAUCUAUCUGUCCAUGGGAGAACACGGCCCCGGCAAGCUCUUCCUCCAACCCUGACAGUCAGUGCCCUGACCAACUAAAAGCUAGCUCUCAGAAACCGGCCAGUGUUGGGGACAGGCAUGCUGAGGUGUGCCCAUGGGACACUCCUGCCCCAGAUGCUCAUCCAUCUGACAGCAGUGCCAAAGCAGAAAUCUGUCCCUGGGAGAUGACUACAAGAAUCCCCGAAAAAGGGGUGUCAAGACAGGAUGAAAAAGGGGAACGUCAAGAAGAGGAGAGGAAAGCCCCAGAAAAACCAGAGCCCAAAGUCAUGGCAGUUCCGGAAAAGCCAGAGAGAGCAGAAAGGAAGCAGGAGGCUGUGUGUCCCUGGGAGAGUCAAGAUAGUGGAGGUCUGUCUCCACAAACAGCCCCACAAGCUUCUGACAGAAGCAAAGGCAGUCCUGAGGCAGCAGGCAGUACAGGGGCCAGCGUGGCAGAAGUGUGUCCGUGGGAAGCAGAAGUGCCUUCUGCCAAGAAAGCAGAAAUUUGCCCUUGGGAAGUGAGUCAAGCAGUAGCAGAAGAAGGGGGCCCAGAGCAGGUGGAGAGAGAACUCCAAGGGCAAGGAGAGCUGUUCCUUCAAAAUGCAGGGUCUGGAUGGACUGAAGAACACUUUUCAAAAGCAGCAGCAAAAGGCAGCAGAGAGCAGGAGAUGGUCUGCCCCUGGGAAGGCACGGGGUCGGGAAGGCUCUUCUCCCAGCCAGAGGCUGCAGACACUGACCAACCCAGAGUCAGUCCCCACGGAGCAAGCAGUGUGGGGAACAGAAUGGCAGAGCUGUGUCAAUGGGAAAUCACAGAUCCAGAAGGAAAUAAAAUAAAGGGUACUAUGGCAGACAUCUGUCCUUGGGAGGGAACUGGAGACCCAUCUGAGGAAUCUGGCCUCCUGGCUUUAACAGCAACUCGGACAGAAGUAUUUUUCUCCACAGCCCCUGAGAACCCACCAUGCCUUUCAGUCCAGAGACCUUUGGGUGGCUCCCUUCCAGAAAGCAAAAGUCCCCGCCCCAAAGUGAGCAAGCCAGCCAGUACUUCUACUCUGGAAGGUGUCAGAGAAUUACAAGGACUUUCAGGACUUGGGCCAAGGACCAGCUUAGCCCCAGGGCCAAGUCUCCAAGAAGCUGAGGCUCAGAAGUCUUCUUCCCUAACCGAAGACCAAGGAGAAGUUACUUCCAAAGUUCCACAUGAAGAACUCGCCUCUCCAACUGUCUAUCCUUGGGACUGGGAAUAAUAACUCCCAGUUUGAACUUGGGUUAGGUCAAACAUCAGGUGGCUGGCUUUCAGGAGCCAAGGUCCUUUCCAUGUCCUAGGUGUUCCCAAAGAGCUGAGUCAAAGACACUUGUCCCCUUUCUCUCUAAGAAGGCCAGAAGUCAAUUCACUCAAAGACAGAUUGUACAAGAAGGAUGCAGCUCAGACCCCAACAGGAAAUCCUAUGUUCUCUUUACUUCCAAUUCUUCCUGCUUCAGGGAACGAAGGCCAGGCCCUCUGCUUCAAACGUAUUCUCCCAUCCAGCAAGAGUACUCAACACAAGCCAUCUGUCUGGACACGUGAAAAGCCAACGUUAGGGAUGAAAUGAAGUCAGUAGCACCCCACCCAUAUUUUCUCACAGGGAGACCCUAUUCUUUUCUGAAGUCAACAAAGGACUAUUUUUUUCAAGAAGAAACUAACGAUACAGGCCACUGGCACAUAUGGACUGAGGAUCAUACAAGGCUAUAAAGGUCACCAUAGGAAGCUUAAAAAGCCACUUAAUUCAAGUUCAAAUAUAAAUCACGAAAAAAACUUAAAUGGCUCAAAAGAGGUACCUGAAAUGCCUUAAAGACCUUGUCAUUUUGACUUUGGAUCUCUGGUUUAUCGAUCCUCAUACCUGACCUGCUUGACUAUUGAAGCAGAGCCAAUCAAGCACUCUUACAUCCAUGUCAUCUGGCAUCCAAAGUAACAUUAGACAGAGACAGAGCAGAGAAGAAAAGGCAAUAACUCUAGAUCUUCCCUCUGCUGGCCAAGGUCAAGUUCUCUCUCCCAGACAUCCUGUCUCCUACUUUAAGAAGUAUGCCUCUUUCUAGCUUUUUCAGAUAGCCUCCCCUUCUUUCUGCCCUAUCUUUUGCCAGUCUCCUGAGUUCAUCUCACUGGCUCGUUUUUCUCCUGGCCUUUCAGUGCUGACAUCAAAGGGUCCAUCUCUGUUGUCAAUACAAUUGGAGCCAGAGGAAUCUCUAGUUCUCAAGCGAGAACCAGACCAAAUCACUUGCUCAGUAACAAGAGGCCCACAUCAGUCUCCUUCCCAAGAAGCCUAAGAAAGGAGACCCUGUUUACAGUAUAACUACCCUCAGAAGGAGUAGAGCUACAGGGCAAGUUAGAGGCCUAAGGGCCAAGGAAAAGGCAUCAUGUAAGUACAAAGACUUCUUUCUUAGGGAGUUUACUCUCAUUCUUAGCUCUCACUUAGUUCAACUCUAUUCUCUUAAGUCAGUCCAGGCUACACUUACUUAAGCAAUCCUAGAUAACAGAGUACUGGAGUUAGAUGAAUCGUACCAGAGGAAAAUGAGGAAGGAGGAAAACAUUGGUCAAAGAAGUCCCAGGAUCAGCAGGAGUUGAGUGGGAGUGGAAGCAGGCAGGCUACACAUGGCAGAACUGGGCGGGGGCACUGCAGAUGGGAGUAAGCCUACUUACUAACUGGACAGAUAGUGAUGUCAUUCACGGGGAGGAAAAAGACAAAACAAUGGGCUCAAAUACCCAUUGGGAAAAUGCGUCUGCAUGUGAACACUCUGGGCAGCCACAGGAUGUCACAGAAAAAGUAGCAAGUGCUCCAUUUCCAGAAAGGAGGAGGAAUGGAGUAACCCACUUUUUAGGGACCAAUGCCCUUAUUCCCACAUCUAGCCCUGCCACUUACCCAGUUCCCUUUCCCCGGCCUUUCAGAGAAGUAACUAAAGUGUGUUUUUGCUCUGGGCUCUGGCUAGUUAACCCCAUAGUUUCUGAGCCAAUGCGAAUUUUGCUAACUGCACACCUCAGAACAAUCCCAUCAAGUCUGGUCUAGUUGGGAACAAAAAUGUUGUCCCUGUAUCCACUGUUGGGAAAUAAACCAUGGGGAAAAAAAAAUAAAGAAUACUAAUGCUUUUUUCUGACUGUGGCAGUUGGUUCUAGCUUAUUACGGUGAUUUUUUUUUCGUUUUUAAACAAGAACAGGAAAGAAAAACAAUGACGGCGCUAGAGCCCAAGGUAACUACAUUGCAGCCUUCAGGAAUUCGGUGGUCUGAUUCUCAGCCAGUGGCUGGCAGUGCAGAUGGCCUCUGCCUGGUCCUUCUAGCCAGUCCCUUACAUCUGGGCCAUUUGCUCAGCUGGAUUUGAUCCCAAGGGGAAAUGAAAAUUGCACUUAUCCUCUGGCUCCCUGGUGGCAGCUAUUGCUUAGCCGCUAUUUGGGAUUAUCUAAAGAUCCCAGAGACAAAUCUAGGGGAGUGGGGUGAAGUAGCUUAUUUGAAGCACUGUUUUUAUAUAUUCAGAGAAAUCAAUGUGUCAUUUGCCCAGUAAGUGUGCUUUUUUUCUCUGCUUUCCUACUCAACUUGGAUAAUCUCCCUUUACUCCUUAUGGCUGUAGAUCCUGUUCAAAGCACUUCCCAUCUCAUUUUGCCUUAAUCUGGGGCUCACACAAAUAGGAUAUGACCAAACCUCACUUGGGCUUCAAACUGAUGUACAUUUUAAGCCAAAAGCGUUGAAACUAAGUAGGAUGAUGAGAGUGGCUGCUUUGGAUUAACCCACCGGUGCUGCCUCUUCCCUAGGCAUACACAUCUUGUCUCCACAGUCAGCACUCAGCAGCUGUUGUAAAGACAUCCAUUUUUCCCAGUGAGGCCUGGUCUGUUUGCUGCUUUGCUGAGAUGGUAGCUUUAGAGAUAGGGCAGUUAAGUUAUCCUCAACCUGAUUCCAGUUUCUUUGGACUCUACUCUCAGGACAAGGUCAGAACAGAUUAAUCCUUAACCCUAAGUGACAGACUCCUUAAAAAAUCCUAAGCUUGAAAAAUAGUGUAAGAAUUCAGGUCCUGUUUUUUAAGGGGAGCCCACACUAGGCUGACAAAAGCAAUAAGCCAAGUCUAUUACUGGUACAGAGUGAUUUUCCUUGUCAUACCUCUGAUGACCCAGGAUACAUGGGCAUGUGAAGCCCCACUUCCUCCUUCUGACAGCCCAGAUGGAGUUAAGGAACAAGGAAAGGCUGGGCUGUUUCAUUCUACACAAGUCCAUACCCUGGUGCCUUUGCCUUCCCAGUGCUGCGCUGGAAAGAAUAGUCACUAUCUCCAAAAGGUGAUAGAAAUCAAGGAACCAGGUCUUACAGAUGAUCUCCCAUAUGUAUCAACUCCUCCAUGGCCCGUCUCCUCCCAUGUUUCCUUGGAUCACACCGGGAUGCAGCCGAUAAUUAAGAACACAAUCCAAAGGCUGAGGGAUAAAUGAUUUCUUUGGAUUUACAUUCUUCUUUGACAUAUAAAUGCUAACUGAGUCAGUGUUUGAGAAAAGACUCUCUUAAAUGACACCAUCUUUUAUAAACACUAAUUAUUUUUUCCAAGUCUGGAUUUCCUGGAAGU